GUUCAGGAAAGGCUCUUCCAGUACACUGUGUGGUGGAAAAAGGCCCAGCUCAUCACAGAAGCUCCUCCUUGCAGCUGUCAGUUGAACUAGACAGCUAUGCUAUAAUCCCUACCAGUACUUUGUUCACAGAACUGAUUCGGAUAGCUCUUACUAAACUGGGGUAUUCAGCAUCUGAGGCCAUGUGUGCUAAAGGUGCAAUACAGUUAAAAAACUGGAAACCAUUAUCCUUUGAACAAAUCACUGACACUUCAGAUGCCACAGUAGGAGAUAUACUAGGUGAUCUUGGUGCAGUAGCCACUUUAAGAAUUCGACUCAGUAGCAUGAAGCACUUCCAUAUGGAUAUAGUCAGUAGUAACUAUACUGGAAAAUCAGUAGCAAUGUUUGAAAGAAUACCUUCCAUAUGGAUAUAGUCAGUAGUAACAAUACUGGAAAAUCAGUAGCAAUGUUUGAAGGAAUACAUCCAUAUGGAUAUAGUCAGUAGUAACAAUACUGGAAACUCAGUAGCAAUGUUUGAAGGAAUACCUUCCAUAUGGAUAUAGUCAGUAGUAGCAAUACUUAUAAAUCAGUAGUGAUGUUUGAAGGAAUACUUCCAUAUGGAUAUAGUCAGUAGUAACAAUACUGGAAAAUCAGUAGUAAUGUUUGAAGGAAUACCUUCCAUAUGGAUAUAGUCAGUAGUAACAAUACUGGAAAAUCAGUAGUGAUGUUUGAAGGAAUACUUCCAUAUGGAUAUAGUUGGCAGUAACAAUACUGGAAAAUCAGUAGUGAUGUUUGAAGGAAUACUUCCAUAUAGAUAUCGUUGGGAGUACCAACACUAGAAAAUCAGUUGUAAUGUUUUGAAGGAAUACUCCCCUGUUUAUUCCAUCCAUUCUUUCAAUCCUUUUUUUUUUCUACACUGAUGUACAGUGCUUCUCAUCAUCCGUUAUAUGUAAACUUUUCAUUUUAAAUCACCAUAACAAAUGUUUCUCUGUUUUCAUACUUUUUCACACUUGUACUCCAGUUUUAUCUGCCAAAAACUUCAGUGCACAAACAUGGAAACUAAGGAUUUCAGUACACAAAAAAUGAUAUGAGAUGAAGGAUAACAAUAAAAAUACUGAAACUGAGAGGAUUAUUUAUGAUUUGUUUGUGGCAUUACAGAAGUGACCAUGUAUUAGAUGCCUAUAUUUGUGAAGAUUAGUGAAGGAAGUUUCUUGUGACCUUGUAAAGAUCGAUAAAGGAAGUUUCUUGUGACCUUCUACAGAUUGGUGAAGGAAGUUUCUUAUAACCUUGUAAAGAUCGAUAAAGGAAGUUUCUUGUAAUAUUGUGGAGAUUGGUGAAGGAAGUUUCUUGUGAUCUUCUGGAGAUUGUGAAGGAAGUUUCUUGUAACAUUGUGGAGAUUGGUGAAGGAAGUUUCUUGUGAUCUUCUGGAGAUUGUGAAGGAAGUUUCUUGUGACCUUCUGCAGAUUGGUGAAGGAAGUUUAUUGUAACCUUGUGGAGAUUGGUAAAGGAAGUUUCUUGUAACAUUGUGGAGAUUGGUGAAGGAAGUUUCUUGUAACAUUGUGGAGAUUGGUGAAGGAAGUUUCUUGUAACAUUGUAGAGAUUGGUGAAGGAUGUUUCUUGUAACAUUGUGGAGAUUGGUGAAGGAAGUUUCUUGUGACCUUGUAAAGAUCGAUAAAGGAAGUUUCUUGUAACAUUGUGGAGAUUGAUGAAGGAAGUUUCUUGUAACAUUGUGGAGAUUGGUGAAGGAAACCUCUUGUAACAUUGUGGAGAUUGGUAAAGGAAGUUUCUUGUAACAUUGUGGAGAUUGGUGAAGGAAGUUUCUUGUAACAUUGUGGAGAUUGGUGAA